AUGGAGGACGAGGAGCACGAGGUGUACGGCCAGGAGAUCCCCGUCGACGGCGAGGACGUCGACAUGGCUGCCGGCGACGACGCCACCAAGCUGCAGGAGCUCGACGAGAUGAAGCGCCGGCUCAAGGAGAUGGAGGAGGAGGCCGCCGCGCUCCGCGAGAUGCAGGCCAAGGUCGCCAAGGAGAUGCAAGGUGUAGAUCCCAAUGCAACCACAUCUGAAAACAAAGAGGAGAUGGAUUCUCGGUCGGUAUUCAUUGGAAAUGUUGACUAUGCAUGCACUCCAGAAGAAGUGCAGCAGCACUUCAAUUCUUGUGGAACCGUUAACAGAGUGACAAUCCUGACUGACAAGUUUGGGCAACCAAAAGGUUUUGCUUAUGUGGAAUUUGUUGAAGUUGAAGCUGUUCAGGAAGCUAUUAAGUUGAACGAAUCAGAAUUGCAUGGUCGCCAACUCAAGGUGGCACCAAAGAGGACUAACGUUCCUGGGAUGAAGCAACCCCGCGGUCGAGGUUUCAAUCCCUACCAUGGCCACCCCUACAUGAGGCCAUAUGGUUAUAGUCCUUAUGGCUAUGGGAGAUUCCCAGAUUCCGCCGCCCAUGAAGACCUUAUUUUUGAAGCUCGUGUUUCUAUAUGGUUGCAGAACAUGGACGAUAAUCGGUUAAGAUUCUGGAGAAGGCUGGACCUUAUUCCCGCGUUCUAUUAUUUCACACAGCUUAUUCGGGAUGUUCUCAGACAUGUUGUUUCCAUAUUGACGAUGCUUGAGAUUUGUACUGUAUUGUUUCAGUUACAGUUAUGCAAAACGAUUAUGAUUUAG